AACAAGAACAAGAAGAAGAAGAAGAAGAAGAAGAACUUCCGGGGGUCAAAGGUAACGGUCGUAUUUGAAAACAUGGAUCCCAACGAAGUGGACGAAGCAUCAUCCAGCAAGAUGAGUGGUGGUGGAGACUUUGCAUCUGUCAUGGGAUUUUCUGGGUUUGGUAAGAAGGCCCGCACUUUUGACCUUGAUGCCAUUUUUGAACAGACACGACGCACAGCCAUUGAGCGGAGUCAGCAUAUAAUAGAGGAGCGAGAGAAGGAGAGUCAGAUGGAGGAGGAAGGGGAGAGUUCCAAGGCAGUCAAGUUAUCAGUCCACAGUCAGAGAGACAAAGCUGCAGCUGCUACUUCCAGAAAACAGGAGAGUGAAUGCAGCAGUGACAGUAGCUCAGACUCAGAGUCAGAGCUUAUUGGGCCUCCUGUACCUCCUCAACAUACAGUGGAGGAGGAGGAGGAGCUUGUGGGGCCACCUCUCCCACCGGGUUACACAGGCAGCACAGCUUACAGUGAUGAUGAUGAUGAUGAAGAGCAAGCACAAGAUGACGACGAUGAUGAUGAUGAUAAUCCAGUGAAGAAGAUUCCAGACACUCAUGAGAUCACUCUGCAGCAUGGCACCAAGACGGUGUCAGCUCUUGGCUUAGACCCUUCUGGAGCCCGUCUGGUGACUGGUGGAAGUGAUUAUGAUGUGCGGUUCUGGGAUUUUGCUGGGAUGGAUCAGGCUCUGCAGUCCUUCAGAUCCUUGCAGCCCUGUGAAUGCCAUCAGAUCCACUCCCUUCAGUACAGCGCCACUGGAGAUGUCAUCCUGGUGGUUUCUGGUAACGCACAGGCCAAGGUGUUGGACCGUGAUGGCUUCAGUGUCAUGGAAUGUGUGAAAGGAGAUCAGUACAUUGUGGAUAUGGCCAACACCAAGGGCCACACUGCUAUGCUGAAUUGUGGCUGCUGGCAUCCCAAGAUUAAAGAAGAGUUCAUGACCUGCUCCAAUGAUGGCACUGUGCGCACUUGGGACCUGAACUCGGAGAAGAAGCACAAGUCUGUUUUCAAACCCCGCUCUCUCCAGGGGAAGAAGGUCAUUCCCACAUGCUGCACCUACAGCCGAGAUGGGAAGCUCAUUGCAGCAGGCUGCCAAGAUGGUACCAUCCAGAUCUGGGACAGAAACCUCAGUGUCCAUACAAAGUUCCACUGUCGACAAGCACACACUCCAGGAUCAGACACCUCUUGCCUCUCUUUUUCCUACGAUGGCAUGACUCUUGCUACACGUGGCGGUGAUGACACUCUGAAGACAUGGGAUAUACGCAACUUCAGGAAGCCUGUGAAUGUUGCUGCUGGACUGACCAACUACUUUGCCAUGACUGACUGCUGUUUUAGCCCAGAUGACAAGCUUCUUGUAACUGGGACAUCAGUGAAGAAAGACGAGGGAAGCGGGAAGCUGGUUUUCUUUGACCGAGCUACUUUUCAGAGAGCCCAUGAAAUAGAAGUCACCGAUGCAAGUGUCGUCCGCUGCCUGUGGCAUCCAAAACUUAACCAGAUAAUGGUGGGAACUGGGAAUGGGCUGGCCAAGGUCUACUAUGAUCCUGUCAAAAGCCACAGAGGGGCUAAGCUCUGUGUAGUGAAGAGCAAGCGGAAAGAGAAACAAGCAGAGAUGCUAACGCAAGAUUACAUCAUCACACCUCAUGCCUUACCCAUGUUCAGAGAGGCCCGACAGAGGAGUACACGAAAACAGCUGGAGAAGGACAGACUUGACCCAAAGAAGUCCCACAAGCCAGAGCCCCCUGUGUCUGGACCAGGUCGUGGAGGCAGAGUAGCAGCUCAUGGUGGCACUUUGUCUUCAUUCAUUGUGAAGAACAUUGCUUUAGAUAAAACGGAUGACAGCAACGCCCGAGAGGCCAUCCUACGUCAUGCCCAGGAAGCUUCAGAGAACCCUUACUGGGUGGCCCCGGCGUACACACAGACCCAGCCAGUGCCUGUGUUUGCAGAAGAAUCGGAAGAAGAUGAAGAGGCUGACAACGAACCAGAGUGGAAGAAACGCAAGAUAUAAGGCACAGUAAAAACAGCAGUUCAUUUUAUAAAGGAUAGCUGACAGGGCUGACUUGUGGCUGGAUAUACCGCAACAUAACCACAAGGUCUGAAGAUUGGUGCCAGGACACUGAGUUAGUGUCAGAAACUCUGAAUAGGAACAUCAAAUACAUGACUAAAUUGUACAGACCCCCUCCUGCCAAAUGUAAAGAUUGUUUUAAGAAUUUACAUGCAUGCUUCUCUGUUAAGAGGAAGCACAGAGAUGUGCAAGCAUAAUUUAAUUCCUUACAGGUUUAUGUUCCUGUCAUUGCUGUUCAUCAGCCACUUGGCAUUUUAUCUCUUGUUUUGAUUGUAUGGACUUUUUUUUUCAUAAUUUCUAUUGUCCUUGCAUCCCAUGUCUUCAGAGUUCGCUAAUGCCUCAUAAAUUGCCUCCAGAUUUAGUGUCUGGUUCUGCUCAUCAACUAUGAACAACAGUUUGCCAGUAUGUAAAACAUAAACUGCAAAGAAGUACAAACAUUUCCUCCUCAGUUUGGAAUGUUUUUAAAGGGGUUACUGGAUAAUUUCAUCAGAUAUGAUAUACAUAAAUUCAUACAAGCCUUAUCUAACUUGGAGUUUUUCUGCAUACUAUAUUCCAACCCAAAAACUAAAUAAAAAAUGUGUAUUCUCUA